AUGGCAGCAGUGCAGUCAGACGCUGGUCCUUCCCAGCCGGGGCGGCGUGUCCUCGACGACCCCGUCUCUACGUCAUCAGCAACAACAUCUUCCACCCGCCCUGUUGCAACACGAGUACGCUCCGUGCUGUUGCAAGGUCCACGCGAUGCCAACGACAUCCGCACCGCGCUCAACACUCUGGCGCAAAUGUACCCUUCCACCUCAUCCGCCCUCACCUCGACGCCCACGGACAGCCACAUCGCCCCCAAAACUCGCAACUCACACGAAGCGCCAACAAAAACGCCUCCUCUGGUCGACACGGCGCGAGCACGGCGCGAUCUCGACAAAGACAUCCGACAGCGCAUGCUGAGCGCCACGGACGACAUAAUCGCUGUUCUUCAAACCGUAGAUCGAGGCCUAAUUCGGCUGUCAGACGAUGUUGCGGCUAUGCACACGUCGUGCGAUGCGGUGCAGGCGAAAUUGCGCGCCGCGGAACAGGCCAGUCGAUACCUCGUCGAGCACGCGGAAGGUCUCGAGAAGCAACGAGCUGCCGCCCUCACGCAGGCCCAAGUCGCCAAGCUCUUUCUGUCUCGCUUCACGCUGUCGGACGCCGAACGCGCUUCGAUCUACUCGAGAGAAGUGCGUGCGGGAGACGACCUUUUCCAAGCGAUGGACAAGCUGCAGCGUAUUCGCAGCGAGUGCCAGGUUCUGCUGCAAGGAUCCGACAGCAUAUCCACUUCAGCUUCGACAGCAGCAGCGGCAACCGCGAGCGCGGGUGGCGGCACACGUGCAGGCAUAGAAAUUAUGUCUGCCACCGCCCACGACCUCGACCAGGCCUAUCAAAAGCUGUACAAGUGGUGCUCUUUCGAAUUCCGACAGCCGGUCAAGGAAGGAUUGGAAGUCUCGCCGAGUCUGCGAGAGGCUACACGGCGGCUCAAGCAUGCACGCCAAGACCUGCUCCGAUCCGCGCUCACCACCCUAGUCCAGACACGCAGCUCGAUCCUCGCCAACGCCUUCAUGGCAGCCCUCACCAUGGGCGCCGGUCCCCCCACCUUCCUGCCAGGACCCAUCGAGCUACACGCGCACGACCCGCUGCGCUACGUCGGCGACAUGCUAGCGUGGAUCCACCAAACCGUGGCAUCCGAGCGCGAAUUCCUCACCGCGCUGUUCGACGAAAAGGAAGGCGAGGGCGGCCGACGCAUUGGCCAGCGACGACGCGGCUUGGAAGGCUCGCUCGACCUCACGGGCUCCGAUCCCGAGUCGCUCCGCCUUGGCCCCGGCGAAGCGCUGGUGCGCGAAGUGCUCAACUCGAACCUCGACGGCUGCUGUCGUCCCCUCAAGGUGCGCAUCCAGCAGACGCUGCGGUCGCAGGAGGGAAGCGUCAUGUCGUACAGGUUGGCGCACCUGGUGCAGUUCUACAGGUCGACGAUGGACAAGACGAUCGGAUCGAGGGCAACGUUGAGUAAGACGCUGGGGGAGGUGUCGGAUGCGGCGGUGGGGGCGUUUGCGGAGACGGUCGAGAGGCAGAGGAGAGGGAUUGAACGGUACGAGGGGAUGCCGGAUGCGGAUUUGGGCUUGCCGCCGCCGCUGGUGGCGACCAUGGCGACGCUGAAGGAGUUGACAGGUGAGUUUUCCAGGUCGCUUGCGGAGGAUGCCGGAGUGCCGCAGAGUAAGAACACACAGGAGGCAGCAACAGCAGCAGCACCGCCGGCAGCGGAGAGUAUCACGGCAUCGCUGUCGAACUUCGACUUUGUGCUGGACAAACUCGUGGAUCCGCUCAUCGACAUGGUGCAGCGCAUGGCUGCCUUGCACAUCGCCAAACGGCCACGCGCACGCACCGAAGCAGCCGCACAGUGGGAAUCGCUCCUCUUCACAUGCAACUGCUUGGAAGCGAUAUCAUCCACCCUAGACGCCUAUGCGUUCACAGGAUGGAAAGCCGCACAAGUCCGCACAGCGCUCGACACGGCACUCGCCCAGCUGACCGAGGAGCACUCGCGCCACCUGCUCCAACGCUCCCGUCUCUCCGGCGUCCUCUCCGCCAUGGAAGCGCACAACGGAAAGGGCGGACCUCUGUCGACCGUUCCCGGUGCGACGCAGGACGAAGUGGUUCAGGCACUGAAGCGGUUCGACGAGUGUUUGGCGCAGGACGACCUGCUGACAACUGCAGAGAUGGCGCGGCUGGCGAGUCCGUCGGCGCGCCAAACGGUGCACGGGGCGGCGCUGCGCGCAUUGACACGCAGGUACGGCGAGCUGGUUCAGGCAGUCAACGAUGCAGGCAACGGAUACGAUCUCGAGUCCGGCAGGCUGGUCAUGCGUUCGCCGGAGCUGGUGGCGAUUCUGUUAGGCGUGUAA